CGCAGCCCAAUUUCCCACGACUCUCACACGAGCCCGCUCAAGGCACCAGAAUGAACUCACCACGGCGGACGGAAUGCGAGACGCUCACAGUGCAGCUUGAAGGAAUCGCUGAGGAACUGUGUCGUGCUGAUAUCUUCAUCAAGCCAUCCGUGGCUGCCGAGUGCGAACGGAUGUCAGAUGCACUGCUUCGGUUAAAGCAGAUGAAAGGGGAUGAGAACAUGACGGAGGCAUUUUGGGCGGUCGCAGACAGACUCGAUGACGCUGGCGUCCGGAUAUGGAACCGCACAAUCAAACGGACUGGGGCGCGAGACACACAGCCACCGGAAGCUUUAGCUCACCUGAGAACGACCGCCUUUGCAUUGCUGGAACUAGCAGCCCCGAGCGAUGGCGAGGAUGUGCGAGUCCUGGCGAAGAUGGCUAGACUAGCACUGAAAAUUGGAAAGAGCUGGCUGGAUUCUGGCGAUUUUUCCAAAGCCACGAUGUAUUACGAGACGGCAUCGAAUUUCCUCGAGCGCGGCUCAAAUGGUCGAAGCAGGACCACCCCAAAGGAGCUGAGAACGAUCGGCAGCCUCAUGUUGGCGUACAAGGCCGAGCUGGAGUUCAGACAGAACGAAUCCGCCGUCUCGUUCAUGUUGAUGCGUCAAGCCUCGCAACCAGAGUCCUUGAGCAGUUUCACCCAACGCGAGCUGGAGGAGGUGUCGCGGAUAUGCAUCCAAUGUGCGCGACAGGCCUCCAAAUCGAUCGACGCUAUCCAGUGGUGCAAGCUGGGGAUUGAUCUGAUCGAGAAUCCUUUGAACGCUGGAAAGGAGUCGGAGGGCGGGCUGAAGAGGGAUGCGCUGCUGUUUCUGUCGAAUCUGUAUCUGGAGACGAACGGUGUGGAGGCGGCGGAGAAGGCGAUCGACCUGACAUUGGAGGGGAGCCCGAAUCUGAUCGUCGCGUACCACUUGAAACUGAGAUGCCUUGCCCAGCGCGGGCAGAGCGAGCAUAUCAUGCAAGAGGUGUUUGCGACGGCGUUGGAGAAUUGCUCAGACAAAGCGCUAGACGGGAAAGACUUUGAUAUUGUGCUGGGGAUAAUCCAUCUGAUAGCAAGAAGCGCUAGCCCGAUUGCAGCAGUGAAUGGAAUCAACGCGAUACUUCGGAACCAUCCGUCGAAAACUCUGAACAAUGAUUACCAAGACAAGCUGAGAAUACUGAGAUUGUACUUCCUUACCAACGGAUCCGAUCAUUACGAUGCUGCACUCCUGAGCUCGAUCAACGAUUGUAUAGACGAGGCGACGCAAAACGAAGGCACACUCGAGCUCGUUUAUGCAUAUCGGCUCCUGUUAUGGCAAGUCGCGGAUAAAGCAACGCAAGACUCACGAUGGGAGGACGCCGCAAAUCUGUUCAAAUGCAGCGCGCGGCUGUUACUUGGCGACAUCGACAAGCAGAAUAGAGACCUUGUCAGAAAAAAGCUUGCCGUGUGCUACCUGGAGCUAAGGAAACCACGACAGGCGUACGAGUCACUACAAAUAGAAGGCGACCUGAGUCUUAUCCCCGCCGACAUGAAUUUCCUUGCCUAUGCUGCGUUGAUGGAGGGGAACAACGAUGUGGACGCAUAUCGGCAUAUUACUGCCAUCGAAUGCACCGAAGAGACGAUCAAGCUAUUCAUCUGCGCAGCUCAGCUCGCGUACAAGAAAGAAGACAAGGGUGGAUUGCAACGGAUCCUCAAACAGGUCAUCAGCUCGUCGGUGGACUGGAUCGGCGAUAACAAAUUAUCGGACCUGAUGACGGUCAUUCGGUGUUUGAUACGGUUAACGAAAGCACUGCUGACGGCUGAGAACAAGGAGACCAUGACGGCCGAGCUACUCGCAUAUUUCGGGAAAUCACUGACACUCCUGAGGAAAUGGAAGGCGAAUUCCACCGCUGGCCGCGUAGUCGAUUCCGAAGCCGAAUGGCUCUACCGAAGCAGCUGGAACGUCGCCCUCACGGCUGCAUCGCAAGGGCUCACGGAAGUCGCUUGUGAGUUGUUCGCCGUUACGUCUGAGUUCAUGGAUCUCUUCGACGACCAGAAUCUGCACAAUUUGGAGACGCAGAAGAUGUGCUUGUUUGCUGUGGUAGCUGGACAUAUCUCGUUGGCAAGGAAACCGACUUCAGAGUCUGACGAGGCGCAACACCUGACGAGAGCGAUGGAUGCACUCCAGCGGUUGCGGACACUCUGUCAGCGUAUUACCGCAUUAGGUCCCGCCGCGAGCGCGAGCGAGGAUCCGGUGCUUCAGCAAAGCAUAUAUCUCGAGCUGGAGAUCAAGGUGAAACAGGAGAGCUGGACGGAUUUGGAGCACAUUCUGGAGUUUGCGGAGGCGGUUGAGGCGCCUGUUCAGGUGUUUGAGAGGAUGGCAGAUAUUGUCACGCGGCAUGAUUGUCCAAGUGCAGUCGUCUUCAUGACGAUCCAGGCUACUCUAAACACCAUCUUGAAGCGAGAUCCCGCCUUCGACAUGCGGAAGUUCAGUCAAUGGUUCCGCAUUUUAAUUCGAACCUCAUUGGUGGCGAACAAAGCAGCGGCGUUCGGGCUCUAUCAGCAAGUCUUGACUAUCUUGCGGUCAAAUUCUCAGCAAGAAACGUCGUAUCCCAAGCACGAGGUUGAGUGGCUGAUGGUUACUGCGUGGAACCAUGGAUGUGAAUUCUGGAGGUGGGCCAGGCGGAUUUGAGUCUGACUUCGAAGAUACGUUGCUAACACUCCAUCGGGGUAAAAGCGUCAAUCAGUUGGAUGAUGCGAGAUCGUGGUGCGAGCUGGCCAUCACGUUAGCUGAGCACGGACAGGAUCCAGCGGCACUUGAACAGGUUCCUUGCCGAACGUAUAAUGCUGUGUACAAUGACCUUCCAUUAAUGCACUUCCUUUAUGACACUUUG